GAUACCAGUAUAUCUUUUCUCGCACAAUAUACUUCACAAUAUUGCCCUCAUGAAUGGUGGUUUUUAGCUACUGUAUUCGCUUUCUCCAUAUGGAAGCGUUACGCCGAUAUUCAUUACUCCAUACCCACGAAUCAAGACCUUUGUACGGAGGGAACGUCGUGUCCAUCCGGGUUUGCAUAACGAAUAAUUAUGCCAAGGCAUCCCGGCAGGAAACAUCUGUUUCGCCUAGCGAAUGAGAUGAGCGCUUAGCCUACCCUCCACUAUAAUCCUUACUUCCUUCCCCUCGCUUCGCCACAGCAUAAUUAGAACUCGUGGCCUAACAACGUCAUUUACUGUAGAACUCUCGAUUGACUUCGUUUCCUUUACUUCACAUUCUUUGUUUCGUUUGUUUUGAUCGUCUUGUGAAUGCCUUCUCAUCAUGUUCGAUAAUCUCAAUUGCUCCGUAGUUCCUUCGGAGUCACAGACCGAUGCUGGAGUCGCGGGGUCAGGAGUAAGUCCACCUAUGUCUCUACUCCGUGCAUCUGAAUAUUAAAUCCAAAUAAAGGUUCUCCUCUCAUUCAUCAUCACUGCUGGUCUUUCUCUUCUUCUGAGCGCACUCAUUAUACUGCGAGAGAUACGUUGGCGAUCCGAAGCAAAGGUAUUUCGAAAACUGCUUCUGUCCUUCAGUGAUCAGCAAGUGAUCACAGGAAUUGGCAUACAAUGUGUCGGACUUGCCAAAAUGGAAUUUAUGAUCCCAUAUCAUUUCUUUAUUAUUUGGAUGCUGUCGUUACUUUCCACUGCCACGCACAUUGGUGCUCUUCUUGCAUUGGUCAGUGAUUUCAAGCGCGACUGGGUACUGCGGUGGUUGAGACAGUUUUUUAUGUUUAUUAACUUGGGUGAGUACAUCACUUCUCAUAGAGCAAUACAAAUACUAAUGCGAAUAGUUCUCUCCUGUAUAUCUGGAAUAUUUCUUCUCAUGUCAACAAUGAAACAUUUGCCAGCAACACUACCGAUUGCUUGUGUUUGGCGACUUCCUGCAAAUAAGGCCCCCUCGAACGCUGGGAUUUCUAUUGCCGGCACUAUCGCUGUCAUUACUGGUAACCUCAUCUUAUUUGUACUUGGAGUCUGGUUUCUGCACGUCAAAGAGCGGAAGUGGUUGAGAAGCAUACAAAUUGUUGGUCUCGUUGUCAGUGUUGCGAUUGGUGUUGGAGCUGCUGUUCGUGUAUUACUGCAAUCACAAGCUUUCGGUAAUCCCGGGGAUGAUGUCCGUCUGAAAGAUCAAGCUGAAAUAGACUGGAGCUUUGGGCAAUUACUUCCUAUGUUGUUGCUUCUCUUGCCAUUGGUGUCGGCUAUUGAAAUCAUGCGAGGUAAUUUGUCAAAGAUCUUUGGUGUGUAAUUGUUUUAACGUCUCUCCUUUAGGUGAAAUGAAAGUACCUUCUCCACUUUGCGACGACAAAAUGUUGCUGGUCGACAGAGAUUCCAAGAAGGAUUCCCAAGAUCGAAGCUCAUUUCAACCUAACCCAUUUUGGGGCGAGCAGAGUCGAUGGAGCAAGUAUUGA